GUUUUCGGUCGGUAAAACCAUGUACUAUAGGAAAAUCGCAAAUUCUAUACUGCGAUAAAGGCAAUGCACGGAUUCCAUUGUGAACUAACGUACAUUCACGAUAUUUUUAAGUCAUACACGGUGAUUAUUGUGAAGAAAAAGCAAUUCAACGCAUCAAACCACCGUCAGAAAAUUUUUCAGAAACGUCUGUGUGGGAAAGCUUUUUUUUGUCAAAACAUCUGAGCGGCGAUGCACACUGGAGCGAGAUUUAAGGCAUUGUACACCUGCUCUGAAGCAUCAAAUUGACUUCGGGGGUUCUAUUUGUGGUGUAUUAUAGUUUAAACGUGCCCGUCAUUCUCAUACAUAUUUGACACUAGCUUUCGUUGUUAUUGACCACGAGGAAAAUAGAUUUUAGGCGGAGUCAUAGUAGAGUAACGGAUAAAGCAAGCCGUAUCUUCAUUCGCGCUCAUCUCGAAGACGGUAACGAACUUCGACUUCGUGGGGAUGGCUACUGAGGAUAGAAAACCAGAUGCGCUAUGUAUAUUUUCAUUAAAUAAAAAAUUGGAGGCGUUUGGGUGUGCGGAUCUGCGAAAAUACUUCGAUACGAAUGGAGAGAUGGAAAAUCUGAAAGUGGCUGUUGUGUCCAUAGCUGGAAUGUGGCGUAGUGAGAGGAGAUUCCUACUUAGCUGUAUAAUCAGAUACUUACGAAGUGGGGGCGCGCCGGACUGGUUUCAUGCAAGGAAACAGGCCGAAGCUGUUAAGUGGGAAAACUUCCCUGAAGGGGUGGCGUUAUGGCCUGAAAUUUUUAAGGUGCGUCAACUAAACGGCGAGGACGUAGCCGUCCUCGUAAUGGAUACACAAGGUCUGUACGGGACGAAGAACGCGUCGGCAGAAUCCACAGCCGUGCUUUGUUUUAGUGUACUGCUAGCUUCUAUACAGAUUUACAACGUAUAUCAGCAUAUACGUGGUACAGAUCUAUAUGCAUUUGAGAACUUCCUCAAGUUCGUUUCGAAAUCAGUUUUCCGCGCGCCGCUUGGACAAAAACUCGUAUUCGUUGUGUCGGACUGGCCUGUUUCGCUUAAAUACCCCUAUGGCUGGGAAGGUGGUCAAGAUGUCCUACAAGAGGAACUCUUUCGAGAAGGGCACGGGGCUCCAACUUCACAAUUUCUCAAAAUCGGACGAUGUAUCAAGAAAACCUUCACUUCGGUGCAGUGCUACUUAAUGCCAUAUCCCGGUGAGGACUUAGUUUGUUCAGCAUGUGAACAAGACAACAAAGGCAAGCGCGAACGAUAUAAACGUAUGAAGACUGACUUCGUGUGUCACGUGGCGGAAUUCAUCGAGUCCCUAAUAGAACUAAAAUCCCUUAUUCCAAAAAAAAUCAAUGGAGUUGAAUUAACACUUCGUGAGUUCUUCAGAAGAGUUGAACUCUAUGAGCGCGUCCUUGGGAGCGGUCAUACGUUGGCGCGGCAAGCUUUAAGUAAAAGCAGAUAUUCCGACGACUCUAGUGUGACUAGGCGUCACUGUUGUGUAUGUUGUUAAAAAAUAAAUUCAGAGAAUGCCUCUUUGGAUCCCAGUGAGGCUCGGAUUAUGGA